AGCGGAAGGGGCUGGGCUCCCGCCGCUGCUGCCCCGGCGGGCCGGAUGGUGCUGCUGGACUCCGCCGAAAAUGACACAGGCCAGUCCCAAAAUGAAGAUAAAUAGGCAGUAAGAAGAGCGCGACUGAUCACAGAGCACAGGAUGGGGAUCUGUUUUCUUCUGUUAAUCGUAGGGUUUUGCUGGGGGCAGUACGACCCCAAUACUCUCUCUGGGAGGACGUCUAUUGUACAUCUCUUUGAAUGGCGCUGGGCCGAUAUUGCUCUUGAGUGCGAACGCUAUUUAGCUCCUAAUGGAUUUGGAGGAGUUCAGAUUUCACCUCCAAAUGAAAAUGUUAUCUUUACUGACCCCUGGAAACCAUGGUGGGAAAGAUACCAGCCCAUCAGCUACAAGUUGUGCACACGAUCUGGAAAUGAAACUGAAUUUAGAGACAUGGUGACCAGGUGCAACAAUGUUGGAGUACAUAUUUAUGUGGAUGCAGUAAUCAACCACAUGUGCGGAGCUACUGCUGGUGCUGGCAACCAUGCUACUUGUGGAAGCUAUUUCAAUGCAAAGACUGAAGAUUUUCCAGCUGUGCCAUAUUCUGGCUGGGACUUUAAUGAUGGUAAAUGUAAAUCUAGAAGUGGAGACAUUGAGAAUUAUCAUGAUAUAUCUCAGGUCCGAGACUGCCGCUUGUCUAGCCUUCUUGAUCUGGCCUUGGAGAAGGACUACGUACGCUCAAAAGUUGCAGAGUACAUGAACUACCUCAUUGAUAUUGGUGUAGCAGGCUUUCGAAUUGAUGCUGCCAAGCAUAUGUGGCCUGAGGAUGUGAAGGCAACUUUAGACAAGCUGAAAGAUCUAAAUACUAACUGGUUUUCCGCAGGAACUAAAGCUUUCAUUUACCAGGAGGUAAUUGACUUGGGCGGAGAGCCGAUCAAAGGCAGUGACUACUUUGGAAACGGCCGAGUGACAGAAUUCAAAUACGGUGCAAAACUGGGGACGGUGAUCCGCAGGUGGAAUGGAGAAAAGAUGGCCUACUUAAAGAACUGGGGAGAAGGCUGGGGCUUUGUGCCUUCCGACAGAGCCCUGGUUUUUGUGGAUAAUCACGACAACCAGCGGGGCCAUGGGGCCGGUGGAGCUUCCAUUCUAACCUUCUGGGACGCCAGGCUUUAUAAAAUGGCAGUUGGUUUCAUGCUUGCUCAUCCGUACGGGUUCACGCGUGUGAUGUCAAGUUUUCGCUGGGCAAGAUCUUUUGUAGAUGGGAAGGACGUCAAUGACUGGAUUGGACCACCAAGCAACUCAGAUGGAUCAACAAAGCCUGUUACAAUCAAUGCAGACACUACCUGUGGCAACGACUGGGUCUGUGAACAUCGCUGGCGUCAAAUAAAGAACAUGGUUAUCUUCCGUAAUGUGGUGGACGGUGAGCCUUUCUCCAACUGGUGGGACAACGGCAACAAUCAAGUAGCUUUUGGCCGUGGUAAUAAAGGCUUCAUCGUUUUCAAUAAUGAUGACUGGUAUAUGAACACCGAUUUGCAAACUGGACUGCCUGCUGGUACCUACUGUGAUGUUAUUUCUGGACAAAAGGAGGGCAACCAAUGUACUGGAAUACAGGUGUAUGUUUCUGGAGAUGGAAUGGCUAAUUUCCAGAUUAGUAACAGUGCUGAAGAUCCAUUCAUUGCAAUUCAUGUUAAUGCCAAGCUGUAACUCAGGAGAAAUGUCCUUCUCCGUUUGGUCUGUGCAUUUACUGUUUCCCCGUAUGCAAUUCCUUGGUAUUUGAGGAUGAGUGAUUCUCUGUAUCUAACGAAUAAUAAAUGGCAAUCAAAUUGAA